UCCAGCUGAUCGGCCCUGCUUCCCCUGUACCUCUGUCCGUUCGUCGCUGCCUGCCAUGUCUUAAUAUCAGUUUCAGCUGUUUUAAAAGUCCGGACCAAUGGUUGAUCGUGACAGAUAACAGUUUCUUGUGCACUGAAAGUGUAAACGAGAAUCUUACCGGGGCGUUUUGUCUUUGUUAAAGCCGGUGGAUCUAAAGACUCACACAAGGCCUUAAAUCCAUCCUCGGAUUCACCUGCUACGCGGACAGCCGAACGUCGACAUGGGGGACACGGGGAGCGAACGAAGCAAGCCUCCGAGUAACGUCAUACCCCCGCGCUGCCCGUGUGGGUUCUGGGGGUCCAGCAAAACUAUGAAUCUUUGCUCAAAAUGUUUUUGCGGAUAUGCAGAAGAAACAGCCAGAUGAUGAUUGUUCCCCAAGAACAGCCUCAAGCUCCAGCGACAGCCAAGACAACGUAUUUUGUAAUGAAACAAACAGCAUCAGUGAGUCUUUGAAGCUGAUACCUAAUUCCUCAGAAGAGUCUUUGCCGGGACAGAGAGGAAUAAUGUCACGACCUGCUCAGGGCGAAAUAUCCAGCACAGAAACGGUCUUCGAAACGCUCUCCACUCCCACAAAACGUCCUUUUGACUCAGCCUCGGAUUCAGAAAGUGACAUUUCACCUGAGAAGAGAGCAAGAGUAGGUGACGUGCCCAAGGGUGAGGAGUCAUCAUCGUCGUCAUCAUCUUUUUCCGUGUCAUCCAGUGGCUCUAAACAGCGGAGCCGCAAACGUUGUCAUCGUUGCCAAACCAAACUAGAACUGGUACAGCAAGAGCUGGGUUCCUGCCGCUGUGGUUAUGUCUUCUGUAUGCUGCACCGUCUUCCAGAGCAACACGAGUGUAUGUUUGACCACUUGGGCCGUGGCCGGCAAGAAGCUGUCCUCAAGAUGGUCAAGCUUGAUCGCAAGGUUGGCCGUUCUUGCCAGCGCAUUGGUGAGGAGUGCUCCUGAGUGGCUGAUGUGCAUUUGGAUGUUGUCAGCACUACCAGGGAUUUAAAUUAUUAUUCUGGCCCCCCCACCCACCCCCGGCUUUCAUGGCUUUAGUUUUUGUUUUGUUUUGUUUAUUUUUGGUACAAGCUUCCACUUAUUUUUAAAUUGGGUAACUCCGUACAUCCCACCCUUACCCCAGUUUCUGCUUCUCUUGGUUUGAUCACAUUCCCACUGCUGGUAUGCCUUUUGGUAAAUCCAAUCCCAGGAAAACUAUAAUAGCAAAGGAAGUGUAUACACCACCCCCUCCCCAAUUGUUGUUGUUCAAGCCUCUGAAUAUAAAAGGGCAAAUGGACAAAGGGAAGAAAAGAAGAAAAACUUUUUUUUUUUCUUUUUUUACAAAUGUUUGCCCCAGAAGCCCAUUGAAGACUAUACCUUUUACCUCAAGAAACAUCAAAGACUGGGUGGGAAGUGGAGGAGGAAGGAGGGAUGUUUUCCUCUUUGUAUACACCAUUGCUUUGGCGCUGCACAGACUGUGCUCUUUACCUCAGUAUCACACAGAGCCGUUAAUGCCUCGGUGCUGUGGACUUUCUGACGAACCCAUUGAGUCUCUGUCAGUGUCUUACUCUCUUACUGGUCCCCUCUGUUAAACUAAAGUUUUUGGAAUGCACAUCAUCAUCACACCCAUCCACCUCAGGUUAUGAGAGUAUCAAAGCCCUCCUUCCUCUUACUUGCAAAUUUCUACUAACUGCUGCAGGAUACCUUUUACUACUUUAACAAUAGUUUUGAAGGCAUUACGCCUGAUGACAAGGACACUGGAUAACGUGGAUUGCGGAAACAAAUCCAAGUUCAUAAGAUGACGUGUGAGAAAGGACUCAAACAAAACACACUGCUUCAAGCAGUGUGCUUGUCCUUGGAUAGUUCUGGAGGGUAAGUUUCAGAAUGUGAUUGAUCAUGACUUUUAGAGGAGUCUUAGUCUUCCUUUUUCUGUCUUGUUUUUCUUUUACACCCUAAUGCCCCCCCACUUUCAGGCAUUACUUCUCCACAUCCAGCUCCUCUUUUUACAAACUUCAGCAUAUCGAAUAGAUGGAUUUGUGCUGGAUCCGUUUGCAUGGGCCACGUCCACAGAUUGCUAUAUGUUUAAUUCUUAUACUGUUUGAAGCUUCGCUGUCAUUUACCUCCAGCAUUAGCAGGCAAAAUUAAAUUCACACAUUUACACUACCAGUCGAAAGUUUGCACACGCAGAGUGUGUGCAAACGUUUGACUGGUAAUGUUCUUCAGAGUAAAUCACAUUUGAGUGUCGCCCAUGGGUUGCUAUUUGGGUUGGUGAUAUUAUUUAUCAUAAACUCUUGGUAAACAUCUUCAUUUUAAUGACUCAUAGUUUAAGGUGAUUUGUUGGCUGGAAUGUACAGUGUUGAAAAUGAAAAUCAGAAUAUCAUUAUUUUUGUUUUCCUGGUAGUCUAUAAGAGAAAUUGAAAAUGCAUAAUAUGUGAAUAUUCUGUUAAGAAAACCUCAUUUAAAGCCCUUUUGUUUCAGAUGAAUUUACAAUUAAGUGUUGAGCUGCAUUUUUCAGGUUGUGGUAUCAAAGGGACAUGGCAAAGAUGAUUAUUUUUUGGUUCCAUUGCUUUAAUUUUUGCUUCUCCUUUUGAAUGUUUUCUUUUAUUGAGACAAAAAUAAACUUAAUUAGACAAA